AUGUCCGAAAACCAUAUAAAAGGUAAUUUUUUACCAAAUGAAGAUAAACGAAGACUAUCCUUAUCAAAGGAUUCCUUUUUGAAACAUCAGAACAACUUAUACUCUUCACAAAAAAGUUCUUGCGAAAGCGAUGGUGGCCUAAAUACCUCCAGCUUCUCUGGUCACCUCGUAAGACCAACAAACCACGAAAGUAAAAAAUUACAAUCUCCUAGUUAUGAUCAAACCAGCCAAAUAGAUUACAAGCUUCAUCCUUCAGGAAUUAUUCCGCAGUUACAAAACAUUGUGUCCACCGUCAAUCUUGGAACCCGGCUUGAUUUAAAGGCAAUCGCCCUUAAAGCUCGUAAUGCGGAGUACAACCCUAAGCGCUUUUCUGCCGUAACAAUGCGAAUCCGAGAACCGAAAACCACUGCUUUAGUUUUUGCUUCCGGUAAAAUGGUUUGCACAGGCGCUACCAGUGAAGAAGAUUCGAAACUGGCCGCAAGAAAGUUUGCCAGGAUAAUUCAAAAACUUGGAUUCCCUGCCAGAUUUACUGAAUUUAAAAUUCAAAACAUAGUAGGAAGCUGCGACGUAAAAUUUCCUAUUCGACUAGAAGGUCUGUCAUUAGCGCAUCCUGAUCACGCGGAUUAUGAACCUGAAUUAUUUCCCGGUCUUAUUUACCGCAUCAGAGAUCCUAAAAUUGUUUUGCUUAUUUUUGUCUCUGGAAAAAUUGUGCUUACCGGCGCAAAAGAAAGGGGGGAGAUUUACAGGGCUUUUGAAAGUAUUUAUCCCGUUUUAACAUCAUAUCGCAAGCCUUAAACUUUGUGUGAUAAUAUUAACAAAGAUAAGUUUUCAUACCCAAACAUUAUGU